CCAAUAGGAGAGCGUGGAGAUGGACAGUGCCCGCCCCUGUGCCUGCUGCUGCUGCUGCUAUCAGCAGGGAGGGGACUAUAGAGACGUGAUGGCAUCAUUGUGUCACCAUUCCCCGUGUGUGUGACCGGGCCCUGCGGGUCACUGGGGGGCGGCCAGCAGGAUGGUGAAUACUGUGCUAUGGGCAGCAGAUAUUUGGGGCAAAGUAUACACUCUGUCUACAGAUGGGCAACAGUGGGAACUAUGUAAAGACGACCAUCUCCAGUUCAAACGUAUAUCUGCUGUACAAGCGUGCUGCUGGGGCAUCGCCGGCAACAAUGAGAUAUAUGUCUAUGUACAUGCCAGCGACCUGCCAAUCCGAUAUCAAGAAGAGACCUAUGAGAAUCAGCGCUGGAAUCCAGUGGAUGGAUUUUGUGAGAAGCUGCUCCCGAGUGACCGCUGGCAGUGGAGUGAUGUCACUGGCUUGAAGCACCAGCAGCUGGACAGCUUUGAACUGCCCUCAUCUCACUGGGAGUGGGAGUCAGAUUGGUACGUUGACGAGAAUAUAGGAGGAGAACCAGCGGAAAAAGGGGGCUGGACAUACGCUAUAGACUUCCCAGCAACAUACACAAAGGAUAAGAAGUGGAAUUCAUGUGUGCGUCGCAGGAGGUGGAUCCGAUACAGGAGAUACAAGUCUAGAAACAGCUGGGCAGAUAUCCUGUCCCAUAUUAACAAGAAUCAGUUACCGGACCCGUUUAAUGACAUCUCAGUGGGAGGAUGGGAAAUCACAGAUGAACCCAUAGGACGCCUGUCAGUCUGGACGGUUUCUUUGCAAGGGAAGGUUUGGUACAGAGAGAAUGUUUGUCAUGAAAAUCCUGAGGGAUCGUCCUGGUCAGAAAUAGAAACUCCCAGCGAGGUCAUACAGAUCAGCUGUGGCCCCUACGACCUCUUGUGGGCUGCACUCUGGGAAGGCCAGGCCAUAGUACGGGAAGGUAUCAGCAGGAAUAACCCUAAAGGCAGUUCCUGGACCACUGUGGAAGCUCCAACACCCGGGGAUAGAAUCAUGCACGUGGCUGCUGGUGUCAACGUGGUUUGGGCUGUGACUAAGGAACACAAAGUGUGGUUUAGAAGAGGGGUAAACUCCCACAACCCAUGCGGCACUAGUUGGAUUGAAAUGGUGGGAGAAAUGUCCAUGCUGAGUGUGGGGCUGAAUGACCAGGUCUGGGGAAUUGGAUUUGAGGACAGAGCAGUUUAUUUUCGGCAGGGUGUCACCCCAAGUGAGCUCAGUGGGAAAUUGUGGAAAGCCAUUGUGGUGUCUCAAGAAAAUGAAAGGUCAAACUCCGGAAGUGUCUCCAGCGUCGCAAGCGCUGGCUGCUUCUUCGGCGAUGAAGUGAAAGAUCGGACUGAUUCAGCCAUCCAGUCAGACGUAGACUCCGAAGCUGAGCAAAUGCCGGAGUUGUUUCUCUCCACAUCAGAAACAAAGACAGUAACUAGCCCAAAGUCUGAUGGGCAGACGGAAAAUCCAAGUGCAGGUCUUACUGAUGCUUCCCAACAAGAAACUAGCCCCAAAUCCGAGCCGGACACUGCUGGGCCGCCUACAAACUCCAGGAUGACCAGAGCUCCCCAGUGGAGCAGCAUUGAUCUGGUGGAGGCACGUAUUAAUUCACUCCAAGCCCCAGAGGAAACUGCAAGUCUGUCCAUUCUGGAGACAUUCCCAGCAGGUGCAGAGGAAACGUUUGGAAGCAAUAUGUAUCCCUUAUGGACCUGGGUGUCCGGAGAGGGCUGCCUUGUUGAUUCUCAAAGCCCUCUCAAGUGGUUCACUCGGGAAACAGGUUUGUUGGCCAGCAUGCAGUCCAUGUCGCUGUCUAUCACCCCGGCCCAUACAGCAUUCUGGAGGAAACAGAUACUGGAGCAGUUCGGUGAGCGCACCAAGAGAGAAGUGGACAGCUUCCGCCACUACGAGCAGGCCAUAGAGCAGUCUGUGUGGGUUAAAACAGGAUCUCUGCAGUGGUGGAGAGACUGUAAACCCUACAAAUGGAUCGAUGUUCGUGUGGCCCUUGAGCAGAUGACAGCUUGUGAUGGCUCCAGAGACAGCAUCUUCUUUAUUUACUACACACACUAUGAGGAAAAGAAGUAUAUACACUUGUUCAUUAAUGACGUCACUAUAUUGGUGCCAGUUCUAAACGAUGCUAAACACACAUUUGCUAUUUAUACUGCGGAGAAGACAAAGCAGAGGUGGCCGAUUCGCCUGGCUGCAGCCACUGAACAAGAGAUGCAUGACUGGCUCACCCUUUUGAGUAUGUGCUGCUGUGAAAGUAGAAAAAUACAGGGUUCCCCGUCCCACCAGGCAAUCUGGUCAGUUACCUGUAAAGGAGAUCUGUUUGUGAGCGAACCGUCCCCAGAUCUGGAAGUCAUGACGAACACAAAAUCAUGUGAUCAGAUGUUUUGGCGUCAGAUAGGAGGACAUCUGAGGCUGGUGGAAAGCAGCAGUUGUGGUGUGGUUUGGGGUAUCGGCUAUGAUCAUACUGCAUGGGUUUAUACCGGAGGCUACGGUGGAGGAUACAUGCAAGGGAUGAACAGCAGCACGAAUAACCUGUUUCAGCAGACCGACACAAAAUGUGUGUAUAUCUAUGAAAAUCAGAGGUGGAAUCCCGUCACAGGAUAUAGCGGCAUUGGGCUGCUUACAGACAGAUACAUGUGGAGCGAUUCCACCGGAUUGCAGGAAUGUACCAAAACUGGCACAAAACCUCCCUCCCCACAGUGGUCAUGGGUUUCUGACUGGUAUGUAGACUUUAAUGUCUCUGGUGGAACCGAUCGAGAAGGGUGGCAGUACGCUGCAGACUUCCCAGCAAGUAAAAUGAAGAACCUACUGCAGUUAUUUAGUCCAUUUGGGGGAUUCCUAUGGCACAAGAGGUCUUAUCAUGGCUACAAGACCAUUAAAGAUUUUGUGAGGCGAAGGCGCUGGGCAAGGAAAUGUAAAAUAGUGACAAUUGGGCCGUGGCUGGAAGUCCCUCCAAUCUCUCUGCUGGAUGUCUCCAUAUCUGCAGGAAGAGGAAGCCGGAAUGAUGACUCUGUCGCUGUCUGGGCCAUCAGCAAUAAAGGAGAUGUCCUGUGUCGGCUUGAUGUCACUAAGCAGACUCCUGCUGGUUCCUCUUGGCUCCAUGUCGGCACAGACCAGCCAUUCAUUUCUGUGUCAGUAGGAGGAUGCCUCCAAGUGUGGGCUAUAGCACGUGACGGAUCUGCUUUCUACCGGGGCUCAGUGUCUUCCAGCCAACCAGCAGGUGACUGUUGGUAUCACAUUCCCUCUCCACCGAAACAAAAGCUGCAACAGGUCUCCGUGGGGCAGACAUCUGUAUUUGCAGUGGAUGGAAAUGGUAAUUUAUGGUUUCGGCAAGGUACUACGCCAAGCUACCCCCAGGGGUCCAGCUGGGAACAUGUGUCAAACAACAUCCGCAAAGUGUCUGUGGGCCCCCUUGAUCAGAUUUGGGUGAUUGCAGAUAAAGUACAGGGUAGCCAUAGUCUGAGCAUUGGAACCGUCUGCCAUCGUUUAGGGGUUCAGCCAAUGGCACUGAAAGGAAACUCGUGGGAUUACGGCAUAGGGGGAGGCUGGGAGCAUGUGACUGUGAGGGGAAAUGCAGGUUACAGCAGCGUGCAGCCUGAAAUAAAUUCCUCUCAAUCCCUGGACACUCAUGAAGUAGACAAGAAGGAAAACCCACCAUCAUCUACAGAUUCUCAAAACCCAAAUGGGAAUACAGUUAGUUGUUAAAAUAAAGAGGCAUAUUCACAAGUUCAAGCCUAUUAAUGCAAAGACUUGUUAAGUUAUUUGGGUAUAUAUUAUAGGUAUACUGUAUGUAUUUUUUUUAUUUUAUAUGUUGCAUACUGUGUAUUUAAAUGUUUCAUUUCAUAGCUUUGCUUUCUUCUAAAUCAGUGGUUCUCAAACUCGGUCCUCAGGACUCCACACAGUCCAUGUUUUCCAGGUCACCCGGCAGGUGCACUGUGUAUCACCAGCUGUUACAUUGUAAGUUAAAUAUCCGCAGGUGACCUGGAAAACAUGAACUGUGUGGACAGGGUUGGACUGGCCCACAGGGGUACAGAGGAAACCCCCGGUGGGCCCUACUUCCUGAGGGGCAUCUCCUCUCUGUAUCCGGUUCCAGAUUUGGGCGCUUGAAUUAUAAAUUUACAUAUGUUACAUUAUUAUACUAGGGCAAUGGUAUUUUUGUGCAGUGCAUUACUGGUACAUUAUCAUACAUGCACUAGCAGUAUUUACUAUACAGGUUGAGUAUCGUAUAUAUGUUUAUCAAGGGGCCCAGCACAUGUACUCUCUAAUGGGCAUGCAGCCACACCCCCUCUGGAGACUGACCACACCCCUAAACAUGGGCCCCUUUCACUUCAUUACCCCGGAGGGCCCUUCGUGCCCCUUUCCGACCCUGUGUGUGAGGUCCUGGGGACCGAGUUUGAGAACCUGUGUUCUAAAAUAUAAAGUAGAUGAAAACAUGCCUACUUUAUAGUAGUAUGUGGAGGGAUACGUUCUAAUAGUUUACGUAUGCCAAAAAUAGAGUAUUUCAAUUAUUCUUCUGUUACACCUUGUACCUGUGCUAUCUGUAAAAUGCAUGAUCACUAUUCCUGCUGUUUGCCUUUUCCUGCUGCACACCAAGAAUGACAUAAGGAAUACUAGAAAUAGGAAAAUUAGUUGAAACCAUACAGAAAUAUACCAUAUUUAUUUAUGGGGUUUAAUGUCACUUUAUUUUUCUAUAACUGUUUACUAAUAUAGCAGCUAGGCUGUUUCCCUGUCCAAUAUAAAAUGAACGAUCAGCCGUAGAAUUCAGGGCAACAGCACUCCUAGUGGUCAAAUUAUAUAGUUGCCUAACUGCAGGCCUUUACUGAGAAAAACUUGAAAAAAAGUAUUUAAAAAAACAAUUAAACCAAUGUUUCUAUCUACAUCUAAUGUUAAAGCACUUUAAUCCUAUUGUGUGACACUCCUCCUCUACAUGACACUUCUUAUAUUGGCAUACAAGAUGUUGCUGGCAUUAUAGAUAUAUUUGUAAAAUGUGGCAUGUAUAUAUUGUGUGUGUACAUAGAGCAAAUGUUUUAGUUAUACUGGGUAAUAAACAAGGGGGAAUUAGUGAGUUGUGAAGAAGUGUAAUAGGGCUAUUUGUGAAUAGUGAUAUUACCUGUACACAAUCCCUGGAACUGGGGAUGAGUUUAGAAAGAAGUUAUUACAUAAGCACAUUCAGGAUCUUAUCAAACUGCCUAAAGAGCACAACUAAUCAGCUUCCAGCUAUCAAUUUAUAGAAUGUACUGGACAGUUAAUAGCCAGAGUCUGAUUGGUUGCAGUGGGCAACACCUUACCUUGUCCUCUUAAGGUUGGAUGAAUCGAUCCCUUAGUUCUCUAGGUCAGGACAUACAUUAGAGCCAUUAAAGGGUUCUUGUCCCAUACACACCUCAGAAAUAACCAUUUUGUAAAAUGAAUAGAUAUCCAUCAGAAUUCGGCCAUUCCCAGGGUACGUGGUGGGUUAUACCUAGGGCAUUAAUAGACUUCAUUCUCAUGACUGUUCACCCAAAACUAGCAGCCUCCGUUGUGUGUAUGCAAUUCAUGCACUAAAUUCUUGAAUCCGAGUACGCUCAUGCCAUAGAUCACCUGUCACUGACUACAGUGUGCCACUCAGAACAACGUGGGGUUGUUUCAUUCAUACCAUAGCCAGAUUCCCAGCUUUGGGUGCAUCCUGGGUUUCUUUGUUUUGUUUUUUAACCAGAAUCCAGUUUAAGAUCCAUAUUGCAUUUUAUCAUUUGACAUUAUUUUUAGUUAAUGAAUGUUUUAUUGCAAACUGGUAUCUUAAUCAACCUGUACGUCAUGAGUUUCUAACAUCUCACCUCUGACCUGAUUAUAAACCAGAUGACAUGUUUACGGGUAUAAUUUAGUUGUUUUUAACAUGUAUAAUUCUAAGGAACGAUGUAACUUGCACUAUGCUAUGAGAGGUGGCGAUGUUUAAAGUGGACCUGUCAUGUUUUGCAAAAUGUAACAUGAAUAAAAGCUAAAUGCAAUAUGAAAUUA